AUGGUCUGUCACUUAUUAAAGUUGCAGUGUUGCCAACAGUACAAAUAAUUAAUACAAUUUCAUUCGAUUGACGUUUAUAAGUUCUUGAACAGCUGAUUUAAUCGUUGUAGAGAAUGUCGAGUUUAUUAGUUUUACGUGCGUUAAAGAAUUGUAUAAAUCAAAAUCAUGGACGAAAUUUAUAUAGACUAAAUUUUGGAAGACAACUAGCGACAUCGCCCAGGCUGAUAAAUACAAUUUCCUCAUUUCCUCAAAUACUGCGAACACAUAGAACAUUUGCGUCUACAAACGAAAGCAAGAACGGCACAAAUGCAACAUUUGUGGAUAGCAACACAUAUGACCGAGUUUGCUCUGAGACUUUAGACGCAUUGUGCGACUAUUUUGAAGAACUCACAGAGAAUGCUCAAAAUUUAUCGUCCUGCGAUGUUACUUAUGGAGAUGGCGUACUCACUGUUAAAUUUGGUCAAGAGUAUGGCACUUAUGUUAUAAAUCGUCAGACACCCAACAAACAGAUUUGGCUCAGUUCUCCCACAAGUGGACCUAAACGUUAUGAUUUUGUAUCAACUGAGGGACAGUUGGGUCGAUGGAUCUACAAACAUAGUGGCGAAUGUUUACAUGAUCUUUUGCAGAGGGAAUUGAAGAAAAUACUGAAACAACAAGACUUCGACUUUUCACAACUUCCCUAUGGGAAAUAAAGGUUAAAACAACGAUAUACUAAUGAGAUCUAUUUAUUUAAAAGAAGUCUACAUAGUUACGCAAUGAAAAUGUAGGAUACCUGGAGUUCAUUUGACUCUCUUAACAAUUUCCUCCAAAAGUUUAUUCUGUAUAUCCAAAGCUCGUUCUUGUAAUAAAAAUGUUUGCCUUAACAA